UCAUAAAAAAUUAAGAAAAAAACACAUUUUCUUUUUUAAUUUUCGGUCUCACUCUCUCUCUCAAAAGUCUGCAAAUUUGCAGAGAGCAAGGAGAGAGAAAUAAGCGGAAGAGAGGUAUUCAACCUGCAGCGUUAUCCUGUUAAUGGAAGUCCCAGCACUUGUCAACUUUCAUUGAACGGAGGCUCAAUUACCGUCGAAGCUGGAAAAUCUAUAGUUUUUGCAGCUUCGCUUUUGGUUCUACAUCUCAUCAGAAGAAUUUGGUGAUUUCUUGUAUCUCAUCAGUUGAAACUCUAGUGAUUUCACUGGACAGCAUAGAGCAAUCAAAUUCAGCAACCCAGUUCAGGGGGUGACCUGCCCCAAGGCAAGGACAACAUCUCAUUUCCUGUUGCCUGGAGGGUGAAUUCAUCCCAUAAAAUGAUGACGCAUGAUGAUGUUGAGGGUGGUAAUUUGGGGCAUUAUCAAGACAGGCCAAGGACUUUCCCCAACAUGCGUAGUAAACCUUACACUCCAGUUCUUGUUCGAGCCCUCCUGGGAAUAAAUGUCCGUGUUCUUUUUAUACUUCUGCUCUUGGGUUUAGGAGCAAUCUUUUACAUUGGAGCUAGUACUUCUCCAAUUAUUGUGUUUGUAUUUACAAUUUGUAUCAUCAGCUUCCUUUUUUCAAUAUAUCUUACAAAGUGGGUACUAUCGAAGGAUGAGGGCCCUCCUGAAAUGGCUCAGAUAUCAGAUGCAAUACGUGAUGGAGCUGAAGGUUACUUCAGGACUCAGUAUGGGACAAUCUCAAAGAUGGCAAUUCUGCUGGCCCUGGUGAUCCUCUGCAUAUAUUUGUUCCGUACCACGACUCCACAACAAGAAUCUUCUGGUCUAGGGAGGUCAACAUCUGCAUAUAUCACAGUUGCUGCAUUCCUUUUGGGGUCUUUAUGUUCCGGAAUAGCAGGUUAUGUUGGGAUGUGGGUGUCAGUUCGUGCAAAUGUUAGAGUUUCUAGUGCUGCAAGGCGGUCAGCUAGAGAAGCAUUGCAGGUAGCUGUCCGUGCUGGUGGUUUCUCUGCUAUAGUGGUUGUUGGUAUGGCUGUAAUUGGUGUGGCCAUCCUUUAUGCUGCAUUUUAUGUUUGGUUGGAAGUGGAUUCUCCAGGUUCAAUGAACGUUACCGAUUUGCCCCUUCUCCUUGUGGGAUAUGGUUUUGGAGCUUCCUUUGUUGCCCUUUUUGCUCAAUUGGGUGGUGGAAUAUACACAAAAGCAGCUGAUGUUGGGGCUGACCUUGUUGGGAAAGUAGAGCAGGGAAUCCCUGAAGAUGAUCCUAGAAAUCCUGCAGUGAUUGCAGAUCUGGUUGGAGACAAUGUGGGUGAUUGUGCUGCCCGAGGUGCUGAUCUUUUUGAAAGUAUUGCUGCUGAAAUAAUCAGUGCUAUGAUACUUGGAGGAACAAUGGCUCAACGUUGCAAAAUUGAGGAUCCUUCUGGCUUCAUCUUGUUUCCUCUUGUUAUUCAUUCUUUUGACUUGGUUAUAUCUUCCGUUGGAAUACUUUCAAUUAAGAGCACUCGUGAUUCUAGUGUGAAGUCUCCCAUAGAGGAUCCAAUGGCAAUCCUUCAGAAAGGAUACUCUAUUACAAUAGUUUUGGCAGUUAUCACGUUUUGUGCGUCUACUCGUUGGAUGCUUUAUACAGAACAAGCACCAUCAGCGUGGUUUAACUUUGCCUUGUGUGGAUUGGUUGGUAUUGUCACGGCAUAUGUUUUUGUCUGGAUCACCAAAUACUAUACUGACUACAAGCAUGAGCCUGUACGCACAUUAGCUCUUGCUAGCUCCACUGGUCAUGGGACUAACAUAAUUGCGGGAGUUAGUUUGGGUCUGGAAUCAACAGCUCUUCCAGUUCUUGUGAUUAGUAUGUCUAUUGUCUCAGCUUUUUGGUUGGGUCACACCUCUGGUCUGGUGGAUGAAGCUGGAAAGCCAACUGGUGGGUUGUUUGGUACUGCUGUGGCAACAAUGGGAAUGCUCAGUACUGCUGCCUAUGUUCUUACAAUGGAUAUGUUUGGUCCUAUAGCCGACAAUGCUGGUGGAAUCGUAGAGAUGAGUCAGCAGCCAGAAAGUGUUCGGGAGAUAACUGAUGUUCUUGAUGCGGUUGGGAACACAACAAAAGCUACAACCAAAGGUUUUGCCAUUGGAUCUGCAGCACUUGCAUCUUUCCUUCUAUUUAGUGCUUACAUGGAUGAAGUUGCUACAUUUGCCCAUGAGCCUUUCAAACAGGUUGAUAUUGCCAUUCCUGAAGUUUUUGUUGGUGGAUUGUUGGGCUCCAUGCUUAUUUUCUUAUUCAGUGCAUGGGCCUGCUCAGCAGUUGGCCGAACUGCUCAGGAGGUUGUUAAUGAAGUAAGGAGGCAGUUUAUUGAGAGGCCAGGUAUCAUGGACUACGUGGAGAAACCAGACUAUGGUCGCUGUGUUGCAAUUGUAGCAUCUGCAUCUUUGAGGGAGAUGAUAAAACCUGGUGCUUUGGCUAUUAUAUCACCAGUAGUUGUUGGUUUUCUGUUCCGGAUUUUGGGGUACUAUACGGGACAUCCGCUACUUGGGGCUAAAGUUGUGGCUUCCAUGUUGAUGUUUGGAACGGUUUCCGGCAUUCUUAUGGCUCUUUUCCUAAACACAGCAGGUGGUGCAUGGGAUAAUGCAAAGAAGUAUAUUGAGACUGGGGCACUUGGAGGCAAGGGUAGCGACUGUCAUAAAGCAGCAAUUACUGGAGAUACUGUAGGAGACCCGUUCAAAGAUACAGCUGGACCUUCACUUCAUGUGCUCAUAAAAAUGUUAGCAACGAUCACGCUAGUCAUGGCUCCUGUCUUUCUGUGAAGAGUUGUUGAUAUCUACUGCAGUUCAACACAGCACCCAUAAUCAUCAAAUCUAGAUAUUUUUUCCCUUCCAGAUAUACAUACAAUUACAUAUAGGUGUUUGAUGGACAUGAAGGGUGCCAAUUGCUUGAGGUGCUGAGUUUUUGGAAACCAAAUAAGAGAAGUUAGUAGACUGCUCAAUUAAGCGGGGUUGGUAGAUGCAUAUUUUAGUUUUGUUAGUGUGCUUACACGUAGAGAGCAAUGCUGAUGCAGCAGAUAGAAUGUAGCUUUCUUGUUUAAUUUUAUAUGUUAUUGUUGGAGGAUGGUGCCUGCCUUGAUGUUCCUUUUUACAAGCUCUACCAGGAUUGCGCUUGUAAAGAUCCUUAGCCCAACUAUUUUGGUCGCAUCCGCUGAAAUUUGAUGUUAUGGCGUCUCUAUCAUAGGAGGCAAUACCUCAUGGCAUGUCGUGUAUAGGGAAGUAAGGCGUUUACGCAGAGAUCUGACUUGGAAACUUGAUUUGUGAAUAUUAAUGGACAAUUUCUUGUUUUUGGAUUUGCAGAAAUAAUUAUUUAGCUUAUUGGUA